CCGGGAUACUGACAUGACCAUCGGAUUGUAGCAAAGGCGCUGAGAGCUAAACCCUGUCCCAGGGUGAUGGGGCCUGACAGUGCCCCAGAUCCAGCUGUGCCCUGGAGGAAGGUGCUAUGGGAACGCCAGCCGUUCCCUGAUAACUAUGUGGACCAGAGGUUCCUGGAGGAAUUACGGAGGAAUGAGGGCAUCCGACAGUAUCAAUACUGGUCUGUGGUCAAAGAAGCAGGCUUUGUGGGACAGCAGCUGUCCUGUGUGGCCAUCUUCAUCACCCUCUGGCUCUACAUGGAGCAGGGCCGCCUGUCCCCUGAGACACUGCUGUGGACCAGCCUUGUAUGCGCCCUGCUGGGGUAUGGACUGUACCAAGCCUUGUCGUCUCAGGUUGAACCUGGGUGUGAGCCUAGGACUCGUCUAGCUGAUUUACAGAGUGCCACUAUUUUCCUUUCUUUCACCUUUGGCUUCUCACCAGUUCUAAAGACACUAACAGAGUCCGUGAGUACGGACACAGUGUAUGCCAUGUCUGCUAUGAUGCUAUUGGCCCACCUGGUGUCGUUCCCUUAUGCUCAGCCCUCACCCCCAGGCAGCCUCUCCCUAAAUGCAGCCCUGUUUGCAUCUGUGUGUUUAGCCUCCAGGUUACCUGGUGCUCUGCACACCUUUGCCAUGCUCAGCUGUGCCUUGCCGGUGUUUGCCCUGUGGCCCUGCUUGCUGCAGAGGUUGAGGGAGAACGCUCCUCGCCAGUUUACUGGGGUGUGUAUAGGAGUGUGCAUCGGAGGCGUAGGUGGACUGGGGUCCCAGUCACCAGGUGGAGCUGUGCUCUUGGCUUUGGCACUAAUGAGUGUGACACUGCUCUGUCCCCUGUUGCUAGUGAGGCUGCAGAGGCACAAGGACAACAUCCAGGGACCUUGGGAUGAGGCUGAAAUUCACGAGGACCUCAGCCGCUUCCUUCACUAAUAGACAGAUUGCAAAAGAGUACCGAGUACUCCUGACCAAACUGACAUCUACGGUGUAAGCCAAUGGCAAACUUCAUUUGACUCAAUUUACUCACAGCCGGCAGCAUUAUGCCGGCACCAACCUCUUUUAUCAUUGGUCCACAUGUGUUUUGACAGCCAUGACAACUUAUUCUCUUCCAGAGAAUACGAAGAUGUUUUUAAAGUUUGAGCUUC